GGGAACGUUCUCGGAGAUAACGGUCGGGCAUUCAGGCCCCGCCGAGCCCUAAGCCCUAGAGCGGAAAGCGUCUGGGCCAGACUCUCCCUCUCUCUCGUCCUCUCUUUCUGGGGUCGCCGACAUCGUCAUCAUCCUCCUCGUCAUCCUAAGUCAACUGUCACUGGCCUGUUGCCCCCCCCCCCCACACCGUCAAUCUCCUUCGCCCCGUUUUCUAUUUUGGUUCUUAUUCUCUUCUACCUGCCUGCGCGGGGUUGAUGCUCUAAUGCUGGUCUACUAAACUACGCCGGCAUUUCAUCUCGUCCCUACUUUUUCCCCCUCCUCACCCACCUUCUUCCUUUCCCUCCCCCGGUCUGUCGCGCCCUUGCGCUCGUUCCUCUCCAGAUGGGCAACAACCCUUCCAAGGGCCCUACCGGGGAAAUUCCGUCAGCUGCGAGCCCUUCAACACCGCCGCCCUCUACAGAAAGAAAAGUAACCCGCCAACCGUCGCUCAAUGCGUCUUCCGGUACCUCCAAGGCCACUGCGGUCGACCCCUCCGCCUCCAAAGAAACGGCCACGGGGCAUUCAACGUCACAAACCCAUGCACCGGCGCAACAACGUCUACAACCCCGCAAUCCUGCCGAUUCGACCGCACGAAAUGUUUCCGAAUCAAAGAAGCCGGAAUCCCGUCCGAAGGACAUCUCCGCCCCCGAUCCGUCGAACCCGGUGCAGGUGCCGGUCUCUCGUACAGCCGCGAGACGUGAGCCCUACCCGUCCGUAGCACCGUCUGCUCCGCCUCACAAUACGUACUACAGUGCGUCCACUCAUCUUCAGCGUCCGCCUCGGAUGCCCCUACCGAUCGGCGAUGCGACGACUACGCCCGGCUCGCCCAUCAUCGGGCCCGAUGAUUCAUACAUGGGAUCGCCUCCUUCCGACCCGCUGCUAGAGGAGGGCGCCGGUCCGAGAAAAUCACAAUUGAGCAGCACGGUUGCCGACGACGACGAGAUGAUAGAUGAUCUUCAACCCAAUGCUAGCACUGGUGUUGGCCGGGCCGUGCCCACGAUAAUAGAAUGGACGGCUCCGGGCGACAAGGUUUAUGUCACCGGAACAUUUGUGAAUUGGGAGAAGAAAUUCCGUCUGCACAGCGAAAAUAAUUCCGGGGUUUUGUCGGCAAAAUUGAACCUUCGCCCGGGAACACAUCAUUUGAAAUUCAUUGUAGAUGGCGAAAUGAGAGCAUCGGAUACCCUCCCCACCGCAGUGGACUUCACCAACCACUUGGUCAAUUAUGUUGAAGUGAGCGCGGGCGAUGUAAACCGGUCGCGAAGCCACAGCGACAGGACCUCGCGGAAUGCUGCGACUCCAGGCGUGCACACACCCCAAGCACCGUCCGAUCCGGUGGGAGCAUCGCAGGAUGAAUCCACCGUGGAGGACCAGUCCGAAAAGGAAGAGCCCGAGGAGAUACCUAUGGGCGAUUUCCGCGGUAUUCUUCCGCAAUUCCUCGUCGACUUGGACAGGGAGGAUGAAACCCAAGAGACCCCCGCUUAUCAGCAAGCCGUCAACAUCAUCGGUGAAGCGCCUACUCCGCCAAGUCUCCCUCUGUUCCUCGGGAAGUCCAUCUUGAAUGGCACGACGCCGAUGAAGGACGACAGCAGCGUUCUGAACUACCCCAACCACACGGUUCUGAAUCAUCUUGCCACGAGCAGCAUCAAGAAUGGUGUCCUCGCUACGAGCGUAACGACUAGAUACAAACGCAAGUAUGUGACGACAAUACUGUAUAAGCCGACAGGAGACAUUACAGGUUAGCACGUGCUGUAGAGAAUGUGCUAUUGUAUAUCUCAUCACUCCGUCCUAUUCGGCCAGCAGCACGAUUGUACUUUCGCCGCACCGAAGAAGCGCCACUGGACAUUAGCGUUUCUUUUUCUUUUUUCGCUUUCAUAUACAUCUGGGAAGCUCUUCGUGAGUCACCUUGCAAGUUUAGGAAAUGCACUACUUCUGAUGGUUGUGAAUAAGGACAAUUGCUAUGAUUGUGCAAUUGUCGUCUGGUUGCUCCUUGGACAAAGGUCUGUUGUCGUUCAUCCCUCCACGGGUGUCGGAGUAUGUAGCAAGCCACUUAUGGGAUCGGAUAUUUUCCAUCUGGUAUGUUGAUCAUGUUAAGGAGCAUCAAGAAAUGCUGGAUGAGCAAUGGGGAUUUCUUGGCAUUCAAAAUCGAUUUAGCCUGGACCUGUUGUGUUAAGUUAGUUAUAACUGUCACGCUAGUGCAUUUGUAUGCUGGACACA